UUGGUAAAAAUUUUAAGGUUAUGUUCGUAAGAUUUAGAAGAUAUAUUAAAAAUUUACCAAGAAAAUGAUUCGACACAUUUCACGAAUCUCAUCACAAUUUAGCAAACCAUUUACAGUAAUUAUUGAAGGUAAUAUAGGCAGUGGAAAGAGUACAUUCCUGCAACACUUUGAAAACCAUAAGGAUGUUUGUGUAUUAUCGGAACCAGUAGAAAUGUGGCGCAAUUGUGCAGGUCACAAUUUGCUUGCAAAUCACUACGAAAAUCCAGUUAAAUGGUCGUUCACGUUCCAAUCGUACAUUCAACUUACAAUGCUGCAGCGUCAUACUUUUGUAACCAGUAAACCAAUUAAAUUGCUAGAACGUUCCAUUUUUAGUGCACGAUACUGCUUUAUUGAACAAUUAUUUAGACGUGGAACGCUCGAAGCACCAUCUGUUUCUGUGCUUAAUGAGUGGUUCAAAUAUGUAAUAACCAAAUUUGACGUAUCUGUUGAUCUGAUUGUGUAUUUGCGUACAUCGCCGGAAGUAGUUUAUGAACGUGUUUUAACAAGAAAUCGAAAAGAAGAACAAUCUGUAUCGUUACAAUAUUUAAAAGACUUACAUGACUUGCAUGAGAACUGGCUAUUUCACAAGACUGCUUUUUCUCGUCCCGCACAUGUCUUGACCCUGAAUGCAGACUUGGGUCGAUUGGCAAUACGGGAAGAAUAUCAAAAAUGUGAAGACCACUUGCUUAGUGUUACUGGUUAAAGAUUUGCAUUUAUAUAUUAAAUCUUAAUGUCAUAUGUACAAGUUAUUUAUUUGAAAAUUGGAAGAAUAUAAGUGCCACAGUCAGUAGACAA